GUCCACACUUCACAAGGAAGAGCUGAGAGGUGUAGUGUGUUACAACACGCAGCACGUGCACUAAACUGGGAAAGAUCCUGACGAUCAUCAACAGCCCCUAGUGCAGAUCAACUAACGCUACCCUUCUUACUUACUUAAAAAAGAAUGAUGACUCCAUCUGUGGUCUUUGUCUUGCUGGCUGUUCUAGGACAGACCAGUGCCAAAUUUGAUCCUAAUAUUGCCAGAGGUGGAAACGUGAUUCAGUCCUCCCAGUAUUUGAAUGCCAUCCCUGAAAGGGCCAUUGAUGGAAAUCGUGCUAGCGACUGGGCACAGGGAUCCUGUACCCACACUAACAAUGCUAUAAAUCCAUGGUGGAGACUGGACCUCCUAAAGACAUAUCAGAUCAACACAGUCACCAUCACCAACAGAGGAGAUUGUUGCCACGAAAGAAUUAAUGGUGCUGAGAUCCGCAUUGGAAAUUCCCUCAGUGACAAUGGCAACAGUAACCCCAGAUGUGCUGUUAUCUCAUCUAUCGCAGCUGGGACCUCCCAAACCUUUGUGUGUAAUGGAAUGGAAGGUCGUUAUAUCAACAUUGUGAUUCCUGGAAGACAAGAAACCCUGACACUGUGUGAGGUGGAAGUCACUGGUCUGGCUUUAGGUAACACUGCUCCAACUGAUACUAAUAUUGCCAGAGGUGGAAACGUGAUUCAGUCCUCCCAGUAUUUGAAUGCCAUCCCUGAAAGGGCCAUUGAUGGAAAUCGUGCUAGCGACUGGGCACAGGGAUCCUGUACCCACACUAACAAUGCUAUAAAUCCAUGGUGGAGACUGGACCUCCUAAAGACAUAUCAGAUCAACACAGUCACCAUCACCAACAGAGGAGAUUGUUGCCACGAAAGAAUUAAUGGUGCUGAGAUCCGCAUUGGAAAUUCCCUCAGUGACAAUGGCAACAGUAACCCCAGAUGUGCUGUUAUCUCAUCUAUCGCAGCUGGGACCUCCCAAACCUUUGUGUGUAAUGGAAUGGAAGGUCGUUAUAUCAACAUUGUGAUUCCUGGAAGACAAGAAACCCUGACACUGUGCGAGGUGGAAGUCACUGGUCUGGCUUCAGGAAACACUGCUCCAACUGAUACUAAUAUUGCCAGAGGUGGAAACGUGACUCAGUCCUCCCAGUAUUUGAAUGCCGUCCCUGAAAGGGCCAUUGAUGGAAAUCGUGCUAGCGACUGGGCACAGGGAUCCUGUACCCACACUAACAAUGCUAUAAAUCCAUGGUGGAGACUGGACCUCCUAAAGACAUAUCAGAUCAACACAGUCACCAUCACCAACAGAGGAGAUUGUUGCCACGAAAGAAUUAAUGGUGCUGAGAUCCGCAUUGGAAAUUCCCUCAGUGACAAUGGCAACGAUAACCCCAGAUGUGCUGUUAUCUCAUCUAUCGCAGCUGGGACCUCCCAAACCUUUGUGUGUAAUGGAAUGGAAGGUCGUUAUAUCAACAUUGUGAUUCCUGGAAGACAAGAAACCCUGACACUGUGCGAGGUGGAAGUCACUGGGACAGUAUAAUAUGAAACUGAUUCUAACCCUAAAACCCUUAUUUCUUAGUUUAUUUUCACUUAUUCUAACGCUAGUCUAUGCAAUUUUGCCUAUUUAGUGUGUUUUUGCUUCGCACACAGAUAUUUUAAGUAAGACACUUUGUAUUACAUAUCAUCAGGUCAGGACAAUCGUAUGCUGAAGCUUUAUGUAAAACUGAUACAUAUGGUUGUUUUAUACAUUAGCUAACAUAAAAUAAAGGCUAUUGUUCAAAUUUAAAUAGAGAACAAAAGAGAUACAGCUCUAGUAACUGAUUAUACCUACUACCUACUAUAUGCCAUGAAAGCGGCGAGAGAUGCAUUAUUAAAAAGAACUGUGGGAAAAAUAAAGGUGAGAAAUGAUAUACAGUGCACUGACUGCAUUGUAUUUGUUGUAAUUUUUCUUGGGCUUGCUUCUAUCUACUGUACUUAUAUACUUGCAAAAUAAACAUUGCUUUUAAAGCUAA